GAGGGAGCGAGAGAGAGAGAGAGAGGAGUUUAGGAUAAAAACAGUAAGGCAAGUGGAAAAAGUCUCUGAGGGAAAUGCUCAACAUUGCAGUGCUUGACUGAAAUAUCUACUUGCAGUAUUUUUUCUAUUGCGUCCACCAUUGACCCAGAGCUACAGGCCUUCACCUGUCACUGCACUCUCAGGCAUCGCACUGGACAAGUGUCCCCCGAUGGGACCGGUGGAGGGGCAGUGCUGUGGGAGCUGCCCCUCUCUGCCCCCUAUCAUCAUACCCGACAUGGGCAUCGUGGAGCUCUGCACCACACAAGAGGAUGGAUGCCUUCCCACAGAUGGAGGGAUGGAGUACCCAGAGGCCCAGGCCAUGGAUGAAUAUCCAGUUCAGAGAAAUGGGGACAGACUGCCCUUUCAGAUCUUCCCAGAUCCAGUGGAAGUAGUUUUGAGUACUGAAGGAUGUCUGACUUGCGCGCCGCAGGAAAAGGAGCGCCAGCCGUCCAUCAUGGUGGAGCCGACUGACAUCAGCGAGGUGGAGAGCGGUGAGCUGCGCUGGCCCCCAGAAGACGUGGACUUUGACGAAGAUGAAGAUCUGUUCUUGGAGCAGUGCAUCCCACCUGCUAACAUCGCAGACUGGGGGGAGGAUGAGGAACAGAGCUCGGUUAUUGAAAACCACCAGCAGAACACUUCUCUGUUAGAUCUUCAAACAGAUGACUUUAGGGAUGACACCCCAACUCUACCUCCAGAGAGUGCUUCAACGCUGAACUGAUGCCCAAAGAACCCUUCCUCUAAUGACUUUAUACAGUAGGUCAUUACCACGAACCCUACACUUAUUAAUAAACCCUUCAGGAAAUGAGAGGAUAUUUACUGAAGACCUAUGGGACUGUGCGGUGUAGAUUGUGGUCGGACACUUUCCGUAGACUAGAAAAAAAGAGCAACAGAAACUUGUGAAGACAUUUACUGAAAUGAAAUCAUAUAUUGUAAUAUAGUGGCCCAUAGAGUCAUUACAGUCUUUCGUAGGUUUUUUGAAUGCAAAAUGAUUAUUUAUUUUUUUUCUGUAUUUUGGCAUUUAGACCAGUCAGCAUGUUCACAUUCCCCCUUAUCAUGCAAAUCUGAAAGAAAAAAGAGAAAUCAUCGAAAAAAGGGGAAGGAGCAUAACAGAAACUUCCAUUUUAGUGACACCACUUAUCAUCUGUAGAAGUGUUAUGUAACAGAGGAGUACAAAUGUGUUGUAAUGGAAUAUUUCUUUCAACGCUUUGAAAGAAAAGUUUAAUUUUGUGCCAUAUUUGUCCCUUUCUUCUUUUACCCAUGUCAGUUUUUGUUGCAUUUCUGUCAUGUUCAUCUGCAUUUUAACCAUUAAGUGCACCUCUGAUCAGAAUAAAUUAGCACAUUGUGUAUGUUUAUACCAAACAGAAACAACUUUUUUUUCCAAAGCAACUUUGCCACUUAGUUGUUGAGAAGCAUUUGUCUUUGCAAUCUGUACAUACAAUGUUUUUCCUCAAUUCAAAGCAAUAAAUGCAUCAGUACGA